AUGGCCGUGCUCUUUAAGGCUAUACAUUAUGAAGCGAUAACCUUCGGUCUUUCCGACCUCAAUUCAGCUUUGUUGCAGACCAAACCUCUUUUAUUCCGAUUCCUCCACAACUCUCCUCGGCCUGCACCCCACCGUGCCUGGGGUAGGCCGAGGUUCCGCACGUGGAUCUAGACCUCGAAAGACCACCCGACAAGACGGAUAUACGGUUUCUAGCACUGUUGAGAGGGGGAUCCUGAGUUUGGCGGUUGGGAGGCACUGCUGUCAUGAGAUCGGGGUGGCUCGUGAGGCGCCAGCUGUGGUAGCUGCAAUUGAGACUGGAUCCUUACGCCCCGGCUUGAACACCGGGGCUAUGCAGCAGCAGAGAGCACGGUGAGGGUGGCGGAGUGACCGCACGCCUUGGGGGUAUGCCCCAGAGAGAGGAAAAAAGAGAGUCCAGAGAUGGAGGGCCACCCAGCUCCGGGACAAAAGGACAACUAUGGGAAAAAUAGCAAGAACCGGGGUGACUAUCACGUUAGCCCGAGUGUUCACAAGAAAAAAGAAAAAAAAAAAAAAUAGGGGAAGAUGGCGGAAAAGGGGGGGUCGGGCGGCGCAUAGGCUAGCUAGGAGAGCAGCGCACGCCGCGCGAAAGAGACAGCAGGGUCAACUUCUUAGGGUAGCAACCUGGAACGUGCGGACUUUGGCUGUAAACGGGGCCAAUUAAUACGGGUGAGCCUACAGUGUUCUUCACGAGGCAGCGCGACAAGACGUAUCGGAGGAGUUUAUCGACGAACGCCUUAUGGCCAUGAGGUUUCUGAUANUGCUGUGGCACGGAGACUGGUGGAGUCCAUGGUGUGGGGAUAGCCGUCAAGGAGUCACUGUGCAAGACAUCCACGUUCACUAAGGAGUUUAUCGACGAACGCCUUAUGGCCAUGAGGUUUCUGUCGGCAGGCCACCGUGGAGCGGUCAACUUCGUAGCCGCGUAUGCUCCAAGCAAACCUUCAACCGCCGACAGCAAACGCGUGUUCUGGGGAUAACUUGACAGUCUCGUGCGGAGGAUACCUUCCAAAGAAUGUGUGUAUGUCCUACUGGACGCCAACGCGCGGACGGGAGAAAGGUUGGACGGAGGGGAUGGAAGGGAAAUAGGAAUGUACGGGCGUGAUGAGAACAACGACAAUGGCAUGCUACUGUUGAAUUUCGCAACGGAAAACAGGCUAGCUCUCACGAACACGUUCUUUGAGACACGCAAGGGUGGAAUAUGGCACACAUUCAACGGUGUGCCGGGAAACGAUUGCAAGGGCCUUGACUACAUCCUGACGAGGCAGGCACAUCGUGGCCGAGUAUCUAACGUGGUUGUGAUCCCCCAGCCGGUUCAUCCAGUCAAAACAGACUCAGACCGCAAUAUGGUAGUAGCCACCGUCAACCUCGGUGGCAGGCUUUGCCCACAACCGCGCAGUCCGGACUAAACCGAAACCGACGGCAGUUCGAAGCAGCACGGUGUGCGGUAACCAAUCGGUUCCUCCUUAACCUCGACACACGACUGGCGAGCGAACAACCGCCGCCGCGGAAUUGGGGACCGACUAUAUCAAUGCUCUCCUCGAAGCAGCGGGGACGACCCUGGGGGAGGAACCGCGGAGACGCCGCACGCAGGAGUGGUGUGAGACCCCAGAGACGCGAGCAGCGCUGGAGCAGGCCCUUAUUAAACGGCGGGAAGCGCGCCGGACGAUGAGGGGCAACUGGAACUCACCAACGUGGAGGGUUCUCAAAGCAGCGUGUAAGAGAGUGGCUACAGCAGUCGAAACGGGCAUUUAUGCCAACCUGGACGGAUAUGUGACUGAGCGCGAAGAAAUCUACAAAGAUCGCGACAUGCGAGGACUGUACCAACACCUCAAGAGAUCAGUGGGCCUCAGCGGGAGACAAGCGGAGGGACAGCAGUUCGUCGCGGAUGAGAACGGCGUGUUGCUCCGGAACAGGGACGACAUCCUCCAGCGGUGGGCGAGAUUCUUCAGCACCCUACUCAACACCAAAUCCCCCACCCUGAACCCAGACAUCAUCGAACGAGUGACGCAGCGGCCAGCGACACGUGACACUCAACGGUUGGGAGAUGUGCCAGCACUCGAGGAGGUGGCACGGGCAACGAAAGGUCUCAAGACCUGGAAGGCACCCGACCAUGACUCCCUCCCUGCCGAGUUGCUCCAAAUCGAUGACGACGAACCCUUCGUCCUGGGACACCUCCAUACCAUCCUCGUUAAGGUGUCGAGGGGGAGAUAUUCCGCGAGAGUGGAAGGAUGCAACCAACAAGGUGCUGUACAAGAAG